AUGGAGCUACCUAUGGUAAAAGAAGACAUUCCACCUGAUGAUGAAGGCUGGCUUUGUCCUGGUUACGAUUGCAAAGUUGACUAUAUUGACUUGCUUAAUAAUCUUCAAGGAAAAGACCUUUCCAUCGCUGACAGCUGGGAGAAACUAGAUGAUAUCUCUGGACUUCCAUCGGAUGACUCGGAGAAUGGCCUGCCUGACAUACCUUGUCCGAAUGAAGUUUCUGCUAAGCAUUUAGGUGAAGAAAUUUCUUCGCUUGAGAAUGAUUUGAUAAAAGCAUUACCUGAAGAAGCUGAGAAUGAGAGGAUGCAUCUGAUGACUAUGGUGGAGCUAGUACAACCUAAAUGGUAUGAGAGGUUGUUAGUUAUUGCCGUGCAGGGAGCAUUUUUCAAUUUCUACUUUGUGCUUUACUUGUUGUUCCCCAAGCUUGCACACAGAGUUGUUGGUCAUUUGGAAGAGGAGGAUAUACACUCAUAUACUUUGUAUCUUAAUGAUAUCGAUCAUGGUGAAAUUGAAAAUGUCCCUGCUCCCGCGAUAGCAAUUGACUACUGGAGAAUGCCUAAGGAUGCGACUCUAAAGGAUGUUGAUAAAGCUUAUCAUAGAGACGUUAAUCAUUUCGCAUCUCCAUGGGAGAUAUAUCAGGCUGACUUGUGCCCAAGAAAUUCCUUGAUAAGGUUGCUUAUUGGUCAGUGA